CUUCCAUUCGCCUCUGACAUAUUCGCUGCAUUCACUUGGUCCCUCGCCUGAUACUUACUUGCCUUACUAUCACAGCGGUACUUCCGCUUUCAAGUAUCAGUGCGCCAACACGUUUACAACUUGUACAUUGUGUCUCUAGGAACUACUGGCCUGAGAUGUUUCUUACGGCUCUAAUAGAUCCACCACCCGCCUGCACGAGUUGAUACCCCCAUCCAUCCCGCCGCUUCUCCCUCCCUCCCCGCCGAACAUAUCCGGUGCACCAAACAUCCCUUUGGCCAUGCAUCAGUCCUUCACGGGCAACGCCCGUAAAGCCCGUCAGGUCAAUUUAUCCGGCCGUCAGGUAGUGAACCCGUGGGCGACGAUAUCCAAGGGACAGUCGAGUGUCGAUCCCGUGGCUCAAGCACAGGCAGAUCGGUUGAAGAGACAACAUGAACGAGAGAGGCUGAAUGCUGCAAAGCUGAUACAGAAACUAUGGCGUGGCCACUCCAGUCGAAGACAGCAGAAGAUGAUAUGGAAACAGUUGUGGGACGAUAAUGAGCAGGAGAGAUUGGGCUCGUCGCAUUCGCUCGACUACGAAUCGCUCCUCGAUGCCAAAGACAAAAUCCCCGUUUACCGAGAUCCGACACUCUUACUCUUUCAAAUGCGACUGAUCCUUACGUUCCAAGAGUUUAGAGGUCACAAAGUUCGAGACAAAACAGAUACUCUCCGCGUGCUGUACUUUGGACAGGCGCUGCAACGUACAAUUGAAGGCCAUCCCACGCGGCCCGAUUUCGACGAUGUUUGGACGCACAACCUGUCUCAGCUGGCAUUGAUCGUGGCUCAGCACUUGAAGAGCAUAGUGUUGAGCGACUUAGCUCAUGCGAAAACAUCAUACGGCCCUCGGUUAUUGAGGAUGCUCACUUGGCUUGCUGAGAUGGUGCCCGAUGCCCUUGCCAGAGAUGCUUUUACCUAUUUUCACGUCUUGGAGAUGGUGCUGCAGGAAGAAAAGGCGGCCCGUUGGCAACAGUACACGAUCGGCGCAAUCGUGAAGCUGCUCACAUCCCCAUGUCACGGAAAGUUAACAGCAUAUAGGGCCUUCGCUUUGUUCGUGCUCGGGGACGAUUCCUUCUCUAGUGAUAGGGAGGUAUUAAAAAACCUGGCUGCGGCUAUAGACCUCAAGGAACUGUCCGCUGCGCUAAUCAAGGAAGUGGAAGAAGCCCAGGAAGAUUCGAAACGACCUCUAAAAAUCAGCAGAGCUCUAUGGCAGCUAGCUCAUCUCCUCUACAUGCAUGACUCGCUGGGCAAAGGGUACGCGGGCCAAGAUUUAUACAUCGAAGCACUGUCAGCAUUGCUGGGGUUGUGUGCGAAUGAUAUCGCCACGAGACUAGAUUUGGCAGACCAGGCGAUGUUUGGCGAUGAAAGCAACACUGCCAACACUGCAGAACCUUUGCCGGCGUUCGUACGGGAGAUGAUUCUUAGGAUACCCCAGCAAGAUAACGUUCGGGCAGUGUUACACGAAGUGGGCACGCCCAUGUCUUCGACCGCGGGUCAACAGAGAUCAGAUUUCGAAUCUGCCAAACGAUUGGCCAACUAUGCUGUUUCCCUGCUCCGAGCAUUCCCUUCUCGAGCCCAAAAUAUCCGGAUGUACCUGUAUCAAGGCUCAGUAUCUUCGGUGGGCGAUGCAGACAUGUCCACCAUCCAGUACUUCUGGAGGACAACAAGAGCGACCGGCGUCUUCAAGAAGGCCGUUCAAGACCAGCGAAGCAUUUUGUCAUUAUUAAAAGAGGCAGCCCCAGAGACGAAUCAGAUCGGACAACCACCUAUAUCUAGGGAGGCAGUUGCACUUUGGCGAGACGAGUGGCGGAUAAUACUACUCUUCCUCGAACUCUACACUUUUGUGCUCAAAUUCAUGGACGACGACGAUUUCUUCGCCUUGGAUGAGCGGCGCGUGUUUGGAACCAGCCCUGUUACUGCCACCAGUUUCAUGGCGAGACAGGGUGCAUUGCCCCUGGACGACGUUGCAUUGCUGACGACGUUCCUCAAAAACCUUGCAUUCACCCUCUACUGGCAUGCAGCCGACUUUUUCCAAGGGCACGAGGUAGAAGAGGAAGCCAGUUUGUCUGCUCUCUUCGGAGGUGCCAACCAACCUUCAAGUAGACCGAACGAGAAGAAACAGCCCCAGACUUUGACCGGCAAUGGCGUCUCUCAAGACUAUCUGAAAGGACUAGUCACUGGCCUUCUGCGGAUGCUCCAUGAGAGAGACUCGCGACGGUCGUUUGUGCCUGCCGACCAUUGGCUCAUGACCAGCCAAGUCAACAUGACUGGCUUCAUCCCGGCUGUGGUUGCAGAAGAAGAAAAAAGACACGAGCUUGCUGGCGAAGACGAGGCAGAGCAGGAGCCAGAUGACUUGGACAAGGAUACUGAGGCUGACGACCUUGCUACGGGUGCUCUCGCCUCUGACGUGGUAAUGAGAAACAUGUUUGGCAUUCGUCCUUCACACACACCUCGGACAAGAGCCUCGCGCGCGGUCGAACGUCUGGAACAUCAACGAAUGCAGGCGAGGAAGAAGAGACAGGUCGAAUCCCUUGCGCCUCGGCUCGAAAUCCUCCGCAACCUUCCAUUUUUCAUCCCAUUUGAGACAAGAGUGCAAAUCUUUCGCGAGUUUGUUUACCGCGAUCAAGUGCAACGACGUGGCGGCGAGAUUGACGCCGACAGUUGGCGGAUGCACGUGGCGACCAGCACUCAAGGAAGAGACAUCGAUGGCCGGCCUCGUGGGCUGAAUAUUAUCAGCCGACAUCAUGCAGAAAUCCACCGUGAUAGUGUUUUUGAGGAUGCAUACGAGGCAUUUUAUCCGCUCGGCGAAGGGCUCAAAGAACCAAUUCAAAUCACAUUCAUCGACAAGUUCGGCAAUCCUGAAGCUGGCAUCGAUGGAGGUGGCGUUACGAAAGAAUUUUUGAUGAGCGUGACUGCCGAGGCGUUCGAUCCGGAGGCCAGUCUCAGCAUGUUCAAGCAGAACAAGCAAGGAUAUCUCUAUCCGAAUCCCUUGAUUUACCAAGAGACUGCGGAAUACCUGAAACAUGCAGGGAGAAAGCCCGGGACAGAAGGAUUUGACUACCCCAUGGCCGAAUUUCUUCGCCGGUUCCAAUUUGUUGGCCGUGUCGUCGGUAAAUGCCUUUACGAGGGGAUUUUAGUUGAUGUCAACUUUGCGGGAUUCUUCUUGCUGAAAUGGGCUUUGACCGGCGGCACCACUGUUGGCUCGAACGAGUCGGCGUAUCGUGCCACGAUCAACGAUGUGCGGGAAUAUGACGAGGAACUAUACAAUGGGCUGUUGAAGCUGAAAAACUACCCUGGAGAUGUGGAGGCGGAUUUCGCACUCGAUUUCACGGUCAGUGACACGAUUACGAUAAUAGAUGAGCGUGGCAAAGAGAUCACCAAGACCAUCACGACGGAACUGAUGCCCAACGGAGCCAAUACGCCAGUCACCAACACCAACCGUCUUUUGUACAUUGACCGGAUCGUGAGGUACAGGCUUCAGCAGCAACCCAAGGCGGUGACGGAUGCCUUCCUCAAAGGAUUAGGCCAGAUCAUCCAACCCAUGUGGCUUGCCAUGUUCAACCAGAAAGAACUGCAGAAGCUGGUCGGAGGAGACAACUCUCAACUCGACAUCGACGACCUCCGCCGCAAUACACAGUACGGUGGACUGUAUGUCAUUGGCGACGAUGGUCUAGAGCAUCCCACGGUCCAGUUGUUCUGGAAAGCCAUGUAUGAGUUUUCCGACGAGGAUAGGAGGAAAGUGCUCAAAUUCGUCACGAGUUCGCCCAGGGCGCCCUUGUUGGGAUUCAGCCAUCUCCAUCCCAAGUUUAGCAUUCGCGAUGCAAGCGAAGAUCAGACUCGUCUGCCUAGUGCCAGCACUUGUGUCAAUCUCCUCAAGUUGCCGAGGUAUGAGGAUCUUAAGACCAUGAAGGAGAAGUUGCUGUAUGCGGUCAACGCCGGGGCAGGGUUUGACCUGUCCUAGUGCUUGCUUUUGCAAAGAAGAAGUUGACUGGCGUGCGGACUACUACUAUUACAGCAUUGAACUGAACUGGGCGCGGAUCGGAUCAGCGGGCUUGGGCUUGGAUGUAUCUAUUUGAUUGAAUCUUGACAUGCAGUGGCGCGGAAUGGGAUGAGAAGGGGGCGUUCUAAGCGAUUUAAUUCUUGUUGACGGAUGGCAACUUAGUCAUGCAUCUCUCUCUCUCUCUCUCUCUCUCUC